UUGUCCCCUGGUCAGAAAUAAUUUUCUUUUUCUUUUUCUUUUUACAUAUUCAACCUUUUAUAAAAAUGUCAUUGAGAGCAGCACAAAGCACACGUGAAAUCUUGAAGCACUUAACUUCUGGCCCUGGUGCUGCCAAGUUAUCACCUAAUGUCUCUAAAAUUGCCUUGACUUUUGCUUUAAAGGGCAAGAACGAGAGUGCCGGUGCAAGACAUUUCUUGCAAGAGAACCUUCCUCGUAUCAGAUACAACAACCCUAACGUCGAAUACCAAGUCAGCAAAGUUUUAGAUUCUUCCAUCAAGCCCACUGUUGCUGUUCAUUUCUCCAACGGAAGAUCCAAAGUCAUCGAAAUCCCUAGAGUUCAAUCCAACGUCAUUGUCGAUCAAAUCUUCACUGCCACCGCAUAAAUUUAACACCACACUAGAUGAAAAAAGCAAAAGAAAGAAUAAAAAAAUCUGUAUACUAUCAAAAACUCAUGGAAUACAAAAUAUUAGCAUUGUAUUUUGUAUGUGCUGUACUUACUGCUUUGAAAUUUAAUGGUUGGAUAGGGUAGUGGAUGUAGUUUACAGGCUGUAGUGUAUGUUUUGAGCAGACAUGUAAGAAGGCUUUACAAUAAGCUAGCAGUCAUUUGACAGCUGAUAGGUGACGGGAUCU